CAAAGUCGAAGUCGAAGAAGAAGCGUAUGAUGACGCACUUAGAAAGCGCCAGAGAAUGUAGCUCUCGAGCUAGCCACAUUAGCUUUCGAUUUGGAAGGAGGUUUCUGAAAACUUCACACCUCGUGUCGGCGGAUUUCUUUUAUUUUUUUAGAUGGUGCACCAGCCCUCCCGGUGCCCAACAGUUGUUUGGUUUCGUCUCAACCGGCAGUCGUUAUGGCGGAGGACGAUGAAUUCUCACCAAACCUUAUGACAGAGGAGAUGAAACACAGCAGUGGCGACUUUGUGGCUCCUGAUGGGUUAUGCUGGAUGUCAGUUCUGUCCUGUCUGCUGCUGGCUUGUUCUUAUGUUGGCAGUUUAUACGUGUGGAGGAGUGACCUGCCGAGGGACCACCCUGCUGUGAUAAAGAGACGCUUCACUAGCGUGCUAAUUGUGUCGGGCCUGUCGCCUCUCUUUGUGUGGGCAUGGAGAGAAUUUACCGGUGUCAGGACUGGCCCAUCGCUCCUUGCUCUCAUGGGGAUACGAUUUGAAGGCCUCAUUCCUGCCAUUGCACUUCCACUACUGCUCACUAUGGUCCUGUUUUUGGGCCCCCUCAUGCAGUUGGCCAUGGACUGUCCCUGGAGCUUCACAGAUGGGAUCCGAGUGGCCUUCGACCCGUGGUUCUGGAUGUUGUGUCUCAGCGACAUGCGAUGGUUGAGGAAUCAGGUGGUUGCGCCGCUAACAGAGGAGCUGGUGUUCCGGGCCUGCAUGCUGCCCAUGUUGGUGCCCUGUGCUGGUCCUUCCACUGCCAUUUUCACUUGCCCCCUUUUUUUUGGAGUAGCUCACUUUCACCAUGUGAUCGAGCUGCUGAGGUUCAGACAGGGCACACUGUCAGGGAUCUUCCUCUCUGCAGUGUUUCAGUUCUCCUACACAGCAGUAUUUGGGGCUUAUACUGCUUUCAUCUUCAUCAGAACAGGUCACUUGGUGGGUCCGGUCCUUUGCCACUCCUUCUGUAACUACAUGGGUUUCCCCGCCAUCAGCACCGCCUUGGAGCACCCUCACCGCCACACUGUCCUCUCCUCCUACCUGCUGGGAGUCAUCCUCUUUUUCCUCUGCCUCUUCCCUUUCACCGACCCUGCCUACUAUGGCCUUCCCACACCGGUGUGCACCCUCACCUCCUCCCCUAGCUCCCUCUGCCUCUCUUGAUCCCUGCUCCACUCUCACUCACUUCUCUGCUAUUGUCGUGUCACCUUGUGUUGAUGAAGCAGAUGAGCGUGUUUUUUGUUUUUUUUAAUGGAAGUUAGCGAUCAGGUUCAGUCUAGUUUCGGCUGACAGCACUGACAGCCAUGUGGGCUACAUUGCCAUGGAGAGAUGAGGAACUCUGUACCCAUUUUCUAUGGCCUGUGGACCUUUUAUAUGUCAACAUUUAUAAGACGUCAAUCACUUUAUAGCUGGUGCUUAACGAUAUGAGUUCAUGUUGCUGAGAGUGAACCCAAGACCGUCCAAUUUCAAUCACAGCUUCUUUGUCCUACUCUUACCCUGAUAUGUGAUGCUGGUAGUGUUGACACAACACUGAAGAACAAAUCCUCCUCAGAUCCUCUUAAUGCUGGUAGAUCUCAUCCAUUUGUGAUGAAGCAGUGAUGUACCUUUUUGGUGUACUCAUUUUCCACUCCGUCUGCUGCAUCUUUUUAAGGAUGAUUCUGGCUUACAGUAUCUUAUACCUUAUUUUCUUAGAUGUGGUGUUCAUUUCUCCCCUUAACAAUAAGAUGACAGGGAAAUCAUGUGGAAGCAAGUAACAUCAAAAAAUACUUUUAAAAGUACAGCACGAUAGGUUUUAAACAAAGUACCAGGUAAAACAACUGUGUGUAAUAAAACAAAUUUUUUUUGUAAACAUUCACCGCUUUGUGCUUCGGCUUCCAAUCCUUGUAUCUCUAUGUAACCAGUAAUUUUAAUUUUAAUCAAAAAAUCUCUUUUAAUCCAUCAAAAAAUAGAUUGCAAUUUCAAAGAACCCACAGUUGUGACAUGGAACUAGUUUCUAGUUCUUCAUCCAAGAAAAAGUUCAAAAGUCCAAAACAUUUGGUUUGCAAAAAUCUGAAACAGAAACGCAAAGUAAAAUUUUCUUCAGAACUGUCACACUUUAAGACACAAAUGGUUUAGUGUACCAUAAACAUCCUCUGAAAACAUUCAGACUGUCAGAAAUUUAGGAAUAUAUGAACCAAAAUGAACCAAACAAUCAGUAGACCAUUUUUGAAUAAAUAUUAGCGAAAGGAAAACCUCCAAGCGCAAGCAAACAAACAACAAAAUGCAGACAUUUUUGUGACAUUGACAAAGAAGAAAACUAUGCAGAACUGCAUUUUUAGAAGAUACGGGCCGGCAACAUGUAUGACACAAGCUGAUGGCAUGAUUCUGCUUUUAGAAACUUCUUUAAAUUUGAAUUAAUGUGCAAACCAACCGACUUAAAGCCUCUGCCGAUCAGGACUGUUCCCCUGGCAACAGACCUCUGACAGUAGGGUCACACCAUAGUUAACUUAGAGCACCCCACAUGUUAAAUAAUGUCAGACCAUAACUGUUUUGUCCCUAUAGUGGCUCAGGUUUUUACACUAUUUCUUCCAACUCCAACAUGUCGACUGUGAACUGACUGUUCACUAAGCAUCUAAUGUACUUUUGUUCAGAUGUUCCUACUUGUUUAAUCUGCAAGUAGUCAUAAUUGUCUGGCUCAUUUCGUUGACUUGUUUCAGGUGUAGCUUGUUGUUUACCUGAAUUGGACAGUCCAACAGGAUUUACAGUUUUAACCUCUCACAGACGUAGCGUGUACAGUGUUGGGGUAUGUGGUGGAUGAUGAUUAACAGAGAAACCAAAAACAUUUGUGGGUCAUUCAAGAAAGGCCUGCACUCACUGUUUUCUCUGUAAGCUGCUAGGAGACUGUAGCAAAACACUGGUGAUGUCUUAAAAUAUGUCAUCCUAGUUUGAAGCCACAGGAUACAGUGCUGUUGUACUGUUCUGCACUGACGCAUGUCAAGUUAUAGCGGCUCUUUCUGGCUACCGUUGUCCUAUAACCUAGGAAGGAUAUCAGCAUUGGCCCUAAAAAUCGAGCAUAGACUCUAUAUGUUACAGACAUUUCAAUGCUCAAUUUAAAUUUUCACCAAUUUAAGUGCUUUAGAUAAUCUUGCUCUAGCAUGUUUACAGUUGACUGACUGACUGCAUAUACACUACCAUUUAAAAGUUUGUGGUCACCCAGACUGUUUCAUGUUUUCCAUGAAAACUCACACUUUUUUAAUGUGCUCACAUAACUGCACAACGGUUUUCUAAUCAUCCAGACUGUAUUUCUGAUUCAUUUAAUGUUAUCUUCAUUGAAAAGAACUGCAUUUCUUUCAAAAAUAAGGACAUUUCUAAGUGAUCCCAAACUUUCGAAUGGUAGUCUGUUUUUGCUAAUUUCGUUGUGAUGAUGUCCGAAACUACUAAAAGGGCACUCAGAUCACACAGACCUUCCCCAAUUCUCCAUACCUCCUUGGCAGAGGUAUUAAUCCCAGAGCUGUGGAUGUUUAGCCUAGCCGUGCUAGACCCAUGCUCUGAAGACACAAGGGUCUAGGCACGCUCGACAGGGAGGGAGGCGGGCUAAAAGGUUGUCUAUCAAAUCACUCUGCAGCAAUUGGGUAGGUAUACAACCAAUCAGCGCAACGAAUAGGCUCCUAGAACACCGGAAAUCAGAGGAUGCGGGAGUUCGGUGAAGCCUUAUUUAUACAGUCAAUGGGUGAAACUCAAGUAUAUUACAGACAUGUUAACAGAAAGAUUAUUCAGAGUCGGUGCUAAUGGAGCUCAACGACUGUUGUCGUUUUUGUUGUCGACCCUGGCAGAGAAUUAAAUUCGUUGUCGUGUGUUGUCUAGCGCAGCUAGGCUAGUUGUUUCCGGUUGUUUCUGUCAGAAUCGUCGCGCCUCUGUCGUCACUUAGUUACACCUGCCUUCUGACUCUACACUUCAUGGUGAUUCGUCCGGCCAGUUUUAGGAGAAUCCAACCUCGAGCCUUAUGGAGGGUAACUAGACCCACCCUGGCAGAGAAUUAAAUUCGUUGCCGUGGGUUGUCUAGCACGGCUAGGCUAGUGGAUGUUUGCUUCCUGAUAGCUCUUGAAAGCUUACCAGGUUAAAUUGAGACCAUUUUGUUGUGUAAAGCUGUGGGGAGUUGGUGGCACGAUUGGUUUUUAUCAAGUAUAUCUUUAUUUGCAUCGGGACAAUAAGCUAGCCAUUGGUUUGGACUUUAAAUUUAGUGAUACCGGUUAGAUCUCAAAGAAGAUGAGUCCUGCACUUGGUUCACAGUUUUUGGACUGUACUGAGUUGCGAUAAACCAGAUUUAUCCUUGAAUACCUUUAGUGUCUCCUGAGGAAGGCAUGGAAAGCUUUUCCACUGAAGAAAGUAAGAAAACUUAGUAUAUCUAAUGGCUGACUGUGUUCUGCUCUUUAGUGGCUCAUGGAGUUGUUGCUUUCUUUGACUCUCCUGUCUGGAAUUCCUCUCUAUAAGACUGUUCAAGGGCAAAUAGCCCUGCUGUAGCUACACUGGAGAAUAGGAGCAUUUGUGUGAGGCCUUGUUGUGAUGGUGACAUAGGAAAAUACACCGUUAUACAAAAUAGUCCCUGGAAUGUGAUCUACAGGCUUGUUUUUAGCGGCUAGAAUUCAUCUUUAUCUGCGUUCAGACACCAGAACUAAUUAAAAACAUGAUGCAGAGAUUUAUUGUGCUUGAAUGUGCCAGUGUUUAGUCAAGCCCCUCUGUUCUGUUAUUCUAACAGCAAAUGAACACGUCGGCUUCAUGUGUUGUGGCCGGGCUAGCUAACCGCGAUGUCACCCGUUGCCGAGAAAAUUAAGCCCGGAUUUUACUAUUUCCUGGUCUCCAUUUUGGAUUUUUUGGAGCCAGUGACGUAAAAAGCGUCAUCAAACAGGCUGGACCGGAGAGCAACUAGGGGCAGGACCAGUCUAUAGGCAGGCCAGACUGAAGCCAGACUGCUGAAAGCCUCGCCCUAAAGGAUCUGUCAAUCAUUCCAGACAAGACUGUCUAUCAAGUAUAGCCACGUCCCCUGGCUCUGCCAACUUUAACGAUUUAUUUAAAAUUCAGUAUUGAUUUAUUUUAAGAUCGGCCACCUGAUCUCUAAUUUUGACCAUGAAAACUAACGGGGAAAAAAAUCCUGAGCUGUAGAAAAUCAGUCUAUCAAAUUUUAUUUUUUCCGGUGAUGAAUUGGGGUCUAUGGAGCAAAAGCUUUUUGGAGCCAACCCUCGCGGACGGCGUGAUAUUGCAGGUUUUUGACACUUCCGGGUGGGCUUCAUUUUUGGAGCCAGAUGCUACGUCCAUCUUUAUAUACAGUCUAUGGUUGUGGCACACCCAGGUCAGUUUUCUGUGUCAGCAACACUUCCAUCAUGGCACAAAUCUGAACUCCACCCAGUAACAAUAACGGAAAGGCGUGGACAAGCGAUGCUACUCUGUACUUUUUAUCAUAUGAGACAGAUGAUGAAGAUUGAUGAAGCCAGCAAUGUUACAGAUUCCAUGUCUGAAGUAUAGAAGUAUAUCAAAGGUUAUUUAGAGUGUAUACCUCGGCAAAUGGGUGAUUGGGGAACUUAGGGGGCAGGCACUGUUGCUAAUGCCUGAAAUAUACAGUUUAAGCACGCAUAUGGCAAACUAAUUCCACAUAAAGUUGUGCUGUUACAUCGUUGUGACAAAGACUAGUAACAAGCCCAAAGCAGACGCAGCAUCCAUUGUGCUACUGCUCUGUCUUUGGUUUCUGUCCGUGCACGGAACAUUUUUCAGAGAUUGUUUUAUGUUGUUACCCUCAGUUGCUCAUUGUUUUUCAUUCCAUUCUCAAACUCUCGCCACAGGAUCAUGCAGUUUCUAAACCUGUUUAAAUAUGGUUCUAUGAUGUCCUCGGCUGUGUGUCUAAAGACUGAGCAGAUUUCUUCCUGCCUAGUGCUGCCAUCCUAUUUAGCUACUUGUAUCGCUACGAAUUGAAGGGAGCAGAAUACCCCAGCAGUCUGGCAUAAUUUGAAGUAGAAAAUCAGGAUGCUUGAGUACAGCUUUUCUACAAGCAAAGACUAGAUAAGUCGAUGUUGAAAUUUUACGACCAGCAAAUAACUUCAGUCGCUCCUGCACAGCAAUGCUAUAAUUUGUAGUAGUCAUGUUUAACUAUGAAGUACCAUCAGAAAGGUGCGUUGUGGUGAGAUUCAUUUAUUUUCUCCUUUCCAGUUAAGUGAUGUAGACAAUCUGGCUGAAAUGUGGACUUUAAGAAUGACUUCUUUGUGAUCAAAUGCCAUCAUAAUUAAGUAGAGAUGAUGAAAAGUAACAGAAUGAAAACUGUUUCUUCAGUGAGGGGGCUCAGUUAUAGCAGAUUGCACUUGAUGUCUGCGCUGUCUUGUAUUGUUCCAGCACUCUGGAGUGACAUCAGGGUGCAUCACUGACUUUUUUUUUUGUUGUGAAAAAUGUGACUCUAUUUUUUUGCUAUUGAGUGAUUGGCACAACCGCCUGGUGUCCUGGCUGUGAAACAACUGGACAGUCAAACUAAAUACCUAUUUCUUUAUCUUCACGAGCUAAAGUUAUGUACAGCUGAGGUGGCUCUGGGGGUGACAGAAAGAAGAUGAAAUGGCCGAAAGACUCUAUAAGCUAUAUUCGUACUGUGAAGAAAAUGUGGGCUGCUUGGCUCUUUAGCAAUAAAUCCUAUGUACGGGGAAGGUUUGGAUUUAUUUUUGAUUCACUGGAUGAAAUGGGGCCAUAUUUGUAUAUAGAUUGUUUGGGUCGGUGAAGUGAUUCUUGAAGAGUUUACAAAUCAUUGGCAGAUAUUUUCGUGUAUUUUAGCAAGCGUUGUGCUGUACCUCCCUCAAGUGCCUAGCAGAGGGCGCCAGAGUAUCCUGAAAGAGGCAGAGCUGCUGUGGAGUGAACUGAUGGCAUCUUUAUUUUAUUCUGUUUAGCAGCCUGUCUGACAUCAGUCAUCUGUCACUGGAAAACCAUUUCACUCUAACUUAUUUUGCUUCUACACAAUUAUGCCCCAUUAGAGGAGACUGAUGUACAGCAGAGGAGCGCUGUGGUUCAACUCUGACUGAUGUUAAUUUCCUAUUGAACAGUUUGAGAGCAGUCUUGUGUCCAUGUCAACCUCUUAUAACUUCUCUGCUUGCUGCUCUUAAAUCAAAACAGCUGCGUUUAGUCUUGAGGCUUGUUGUCUGAGUUUCUUUCGCCUCCAACAUGACUUCAACUCUACUGCACCUUUUUAUUCACAUAUCAAGGGAAGGACUUUGAAAUUUCCUAUACAGAAAUGAUCAUACCUGUAUUCCCAACCUCUUUAAAGCCACUAUGCCAAGAUAGAAAAUUGGCCAGUUCCUCUAAAGAUUUUAUUUAUACUGAUUUGUGUAGAGAGUCAAGAAGGAAUUUUCAAAUUCUGCACAUAGUGGCUUAAUUGAAAGGCCUCUGAGACAAAAGGUUUAGAUCCAUUUCUCCCAAACUGCGUAGAUAUUGCUGUAAAAUACACUGCCGUUCAAAAAAUUUGGGGCCAUCCAGACAAUUUCAUGUUUUCCGUGAAAACUCAAGCUUUUAUUCAUGUGCUGACAGAAUUGCACAAUGGUUUUCUAAUCAUCAGUUAGCCUUUCAACACCAUUAGCUAACACAAUGCAGCAUUAGAACACAGGAGUGAUGGUUGCUGGAAAUGUUCCUCUGUGCCCCUAUGGAGAUAGUCCAUUAAAAAUCAGCCAGUUCCAGCUAGAAUUGUCACUUAAUUUUGAACAUUAACAAUGUCUAGACUGUAUUUCUGAUUCAGUUAAUAUUCAUUGGAAAAAAAAUUCUUUUCUUUAAGAUUUAAGGACAUUUCUAAGUGACCCCAAACUUUUGAACGGUAGUGUACAUCUUGUCAGGCUUCAUACUAGCUGCUGGUAGUGCUGAUGGCAGCUCAUUUAAACAUCUAAGCUGUUCCUUUUACUUUCUCUUAAAGCAAGUUAACAGUAAUGUAUGAUGGUGAUGUUUCAACCCUGGUUUUACAGUCAAACGACACACUUGUGUGGUAUUUCUGUCACUGAAUCGCAUGUCAAGAUGUGUCGGAAUGUUUGAAAGACUGAACUAGUUUUACUUUUUUACUGCUAUAUAAAGAAAACCACUUCCUCAGCCAAUAAUCCCACAUGAAUAUUUGCUACUGAAGAUGCCGAACCUGCACGUGUAACAAUAUGCAGAGAGCAGCAUCGGCAGAGUCUAUUUUUGCAAAGCUUAAGCAGCGCCGUUAUUUUCAUAUGAAACACCCAGAGGAGGAUGAAUUUCAAAUGCACAUUUUCAGAACUUGUUAAAUACGAGACAGCUGGUGAAACACAACUCCACAGAUGUUUAUAGUGAGCACUCUAUUUUGCAAUCAGAUCUAUUUUGGUGACCGGAACAGAGCGUAUAGGUAUGUGCAUGUAUUUUAUGCCCGCUGUGUCCCACUUGUUGCACAGUUCAAGUUAGACUUCAGAACCAUGUUUUAGAAUGACAAUCUUUUACAGGAACUUUGGAAUCACUGCAUAAUAUCUAUUUGUAAAUAAAGAAUGUCAUUUUAUAUA